AUGCACUUUGGUAACAAAUAUGCAUACGCUUCUCAGCUCUUGGAAUCUCUUCCUCUUCCAAAUAUUAAGUGGAUCUGCCCAACUGCUCCUACCCGUCCUGUGGCUAUACUCGGUGGAUUUCCUUGCACUGCCUGGUUUGAAAUGGGAGAGCUUUCAGACGAUGGUCCAGAUGAUUGGGAGAGUUUAGAUGCUUCAGCAGCACAUAUUGCGAACUUGUUGUCAACUGAGCCAGCUGAUGGUACUUUCAAGGAUAAACUACUUCAAAAUGAUUAA